GAGAUGGGGGUGGUGAUGAUCGACGGGACGACAGUGCGGUCGUUCGUGAACGACGAGGAGCAUUUCGUGAAGGGCGUGGACGAGGCGUUCGCGGCGCUGGACCUGAACCAGGACGGCGUGCUGUCGCGGUCGGAGCUGCGGCACGCGUUCGAGUCGACGCGGCUGGUGGACACGGACUUCGGGGUGGAUGUGGCGAUGCCGCCUGAGGAUGUGACGAAGCUGUACGACUCCAUCUUCGCGAGGUUCGACUGCGACAACAGCGGGACGGUGGACCAGAAGGAGUUCAGGGACGAGAUCAGGAACAUACUGCUGGCCAUCGCCGACGGCCUCGGCUCCAACCCUAUUCAGAUGGCGCUCGAGGAGGGCGACAGGAAUCUCCUCAAGAAGGCCGCCGAUCUCGAGGCCUCCAAGAUUGCUAAGCCUAAUUGAUUAUGUUUCAUAUUUCAAUGUGUUGCUUUGUUUUUGUUUUUGUUUUUGUUUUUGUGUUUUUCUUCUGGCAAAUGUGUGUUUCUGUUGUAUGGUUAUGGUAGUUAUUUUCCUUUGGAAUUUUAAUGUUUUUUGGUUUUAUAAAUGUACGAAUUGGUGUAA